AUGAAGAUGGGCCAGGCGAACUUCUCGCUGAAGGAUGAUCGCGAUUGCGUGAACCCCUUCAUCGAUCACUCCAACGAUUCGCAUGUGAAGGGCUACACCGGAAAGAGGGUGGACAAGCGGUCCUCAGUCAAGCAGAUCAGCAACCUGAGUUUUACAUCUUAG